CUCCCGCUUCCUACUGCCGGGGUUCCACCCCAAUCUCUUCCAACCAACCUCCUCCUCCUCCUUCUACAAUUCUCUCAGAAAGAGGCCAUCCAGCAUGGAGCUUUUGAUGUUGUUCGGGCUGAUCGCUUUCCCGAUCUUCCUCGUUGCCACCUGUUUCCAGCGAGCGGCUACAGAGAAUACGCUUCCCAACCGGCUCAUCUCGUGGGUUAUCGAUGUCUACCUCCGCGUGCGCUUCCCCAUCAAGUCGGCCGACGGGCAGACGACGAUCCCCGGAUGCCGGUACGUGUACCCGAACGGACAAGGCAACAUGGCCAAGUUCUACCAGGACCAGUCGGUGCAGUGGCGCGAGCAGUUCGGGGCCAUCUACCGGAUCUGGAACGGGAUGCGGCCCGAGGUGAUCGUCGGGUGCCCGGAAGACAUCAAGGCGAUCUUCCACGACUCGGGCCAACACCUCAAGGCCCAGGACAUGAACGCCGGGUGGCUGGCGGGCGCGCUCAUGGGCCAGUGUCUGGGGCUGGUCAACCAGGACCGGUGGGCGCGCAUGCGCGCCGCCAUGGCCGAGCCGUUCCACCAGCGCACUGCCCCGUCGUACAUCGGGCUGAUGGAGAAGCGCGUGCAGCAGGCGCUGGACGCGAUCGAGGCGCAGAAGUUGCAGUCGCCGCCCCAGCCCGACGGGACGCCGGCCGCCUCCUUCGUGGUGGACCCCGCGCAGGAGCUGCUGUACCUCCCCUUCUUCAUCCUGGGCGACAUCCUGUACGGCGCGAUGGAUGAGGCGAUGGAGCGCGAACUGCGCGAGCUGGCCGAGCUGCGCGACGCGCUGUGGAAGCAGGCGAUGGGCGGCGGGCUGGCGCGCUACGCCAUCGGGCGAUACCUGCCGGCGCCGCGGCGCCAGCGCCAGCUGCACGAGUUCCACGCGCGCUGGAAGGCGUUCAACGACGGGGCGGUCCACCGCGCGACCGCCACGCACCACCCGGACGCGCCGAUCGUGGCGCUCUACCGCGCGGUGGCGGACGGGCAGCUCUCGGAAACCGAGCUGCUGCACACCCUGGACGAGCUGGUGUUCGUCAACCUGGACGUCACGGUCGGCAACUUCUCGUGGAACCCGGUGUUUCUGGCGGCGCACGCUGCGGUGCAGCGCGAGGUCGUGGCCGAGAUCCGCCAGGCCCGCCGCCGGCGCGACGACGACGGAGAUGGCGGCGGCGGCGGUGGCUGGAAGGGAUACCUGGCCAGCUCGUCGACGCUGCUGCAGGCGGCGAUCCUCGAGUCGGCGCGCCUCAAGCCCAUGGCCUCAUUCGCGGUGCCCCAGGCCUGCCCGACCGACCGGCUGGUGGGCGGGUUUGUGAUCCCCGCCCACACCGAGAUCGUCGUCGACACCGAAGCCCUCAACGUCCACAACCCGGUCUGGGGCGCCGACCGCUACGACUACCGCCCGCGCCGCUUCCUGGACAAGAGCCCCGUCGCCUGGCGCUACCAUUUCUGGCGCUUUGGCUUUGGGCCCCGCCAGUGUCUGGGCCGGCAUGUGGUGGAUCUGCUGCUGAAGAUCCUGUUGGCCCAGAUUGUCGAGCGCUACGAGCUGCUCCCGGCCUGGACGGAGAGUGAGAAGCCCGCCGGCGAGAAGAUGGAGUAUCGCUCCUGGGAGAAGAAUCCCGAUGUCUGGAUGAAUCUGGCGAUGCAGCCCAUUGCGUGGAAGAAGCGGGCGGUGGAGAGCGAGCUGUGA